AUGUAUAACGCUCAUCGCGGCAUGGUGCCCGCCCCCAACUCCCGCCUAACGGAGUUGCUGGAUCAACUGCGCCAGGAGUUUGAGAGCCAGUCGCGAAACACCGGUGAAUUUGAGCAUCAGUUGACUGGUCAGCUCCAAGAGAUGGAGAUGAUUCGUCAGAAAGUCUAUCAAUUGGAGCAGGCUCAGAUCAAGAUCAAGCAAGAUUACGAAAACGAAAUCCGAAUGCUGCGACACGAACUCGAGUCGCGCGGCGUGCAAACUAUUCCCUCCCACAUCGGUGGACCCCCUGCGGCUCACACGGCUCCUUCCCAGGCUCCCCCACCUGCAUUGGGCCACGGUCCCAGCAAUCUGUUUGGUGGUAUCAUGACCAACGCACCAGGUAGUGGCCCCGGUCUUGCCCCUCCCCCUCCCCAGGAUCAGCAGCCUCCCCAGCAUGCCCUUCAACAGUCUGCCUCGGUCGCCCAGCCCGGCGCGCCGCAACCACAGCAGAGCUCUUUUGGAGGAUAUCAGGCUGGCGCUGCUGUGAACGGUUACGGGCCGCCGCCUCCUACCGCAUCCCCAGGGCCGGGCAAAGGCCGAGGCCGUGCUCCCCCGGGACCGGCCACCCCCCAGCAAACUCACAUUGCCUACCCGGAUCCUCGCGCAUCUCCUCAGAUCCCUCGCCCUACCCCUCCGAAUCCGCCUAUCGGCGGUCGUACAGCCGAGCGCCCGGGCAACAUGCUGGCAAAUUGGAACCCAGAUGAUUUGCCCCCUUCCCAAAAGCGUGAGGGCUCUGAUUGGUACGCUGUGUUCAACCCCGAAGUUCAGCGUGUCCUGGAUGUGGAGCUGGUGCAUCACCUGAAUCACGACAGCGUGGUUUGCUGUGUGCGUUUCAGCCGCGAUGGCAAGUACCUGGCUACCGGUUGCAACCGCUCCGCUCAAAUUUUCGAUGUGACCACCGGUCAGAAUGUGGCCACCCUUCAGGAUGAGAACGUUGACAAGGACGGCGACCUCUACAUCCGCAGUGUCUGCUUCAGUCCCGACGGCAAGUACCUCGCGACUGGCGCUGAGGAUAAGCAGAUUCGAGUUUGGGACAUCAACCAGCGCACCAUCAAGCAUAUCUUCAGUGGACAUGAACAGGAUAUUUACUCUUUGGAUUUCGCCGGCAAUGGCCGAUUCAUCGCCUCUGGCAGUGGAGAUAAGACCGUUCGUCUUUGGGACAUUCUCGACGGCAAGCUUGUCUACACCCUUAGUAUCGAGGAUGGCGUCACCACUGUGGCCAUGUCUCCAGAUGGCCGCUACGUGGCUGCUGGCUCAUUGGAUAAGAGUGUGCGCGUCUGGGAUACUACAACUGGAUACCUGGUGGAGCGUCUAGAGAACCCCGAUGGCCACAAGGACAGCGUGUACUCAGUCGCAUUCGCACCCAAUGGUCGUGACCUCGUCAGUGGCAGUUUGGAUAAGACUAUCAAGCUUUGGGAGCUUACUGUCCCCCGAGGCUUGCACCCUCACUCUGCUGUCAAGGGCGGCAAGUGCAUUCGUACAUUCGAGGGCCACAAGGACUUUGUUCUCAGCGUGUGUCUGACACCGGAUGGUGCCUGGGUGAUGAGCGGUUCCAAGGACCGCGGUGUUCAGUUCUGGGAUCCGAUCACUGGAAAUGCCCAGAUGAUGCUUCAAGGCCACAAGAACUCUGUUAUCUCGGUUGCGCCCAGUCCCACUGGCAACUUGUUCGCGACCGGCAGUGGAGACAUGCGUGCACGAAUCUGGAGAUACUCGCAGUACAAUGGACGAUGA